UCCAACUUCGCUGUCCCCCAAUUCCGGUUUUCAACUGGAUUGAGAAUAGCGUUGUUUAACAGUAGCCUUGAUGCUCUGGUCACAAAGUAUAGGCCACUGCAUUAUGACGUCACCGAAAGGAUUUUGGCAAUUCAGCGAGUUUGCUUACAUAAUGUUAGAAAUUUUUUUGCUUCCGAUGGGAACAAAAACAAUCGAUACUCACUUCCAUCCGUUUUGGAUUCGUACUUUUGCUAAUACGUACGUCCGGGUAAUUUUCAAUUGUAAACAAGCUUUGUGAACUGUCAAAAUGCAUUGGUCCAUUUGAUGCGCUAUGACAGCAAUUUAAAACCUUCUGUAUUCGUUUGAGUGAUCCGUUCCCGGGGGCUGGUUCUGUCUGUUCUACUGUCAUGUGAGCACACAAACACACUUUCAAGCUUUAGUGAAAAAAAUAACUCUAACCUGCUCAGUGAAAUUUGAAUUUAAAUGUUUAAAUCAUUAUUUUGCAUUACAAAUAUCCGCUUAUCGUCGUUGGUAACUAUAUUAUUGUUUUAUGAGCUUAGAAAAAAAUUACUACGUAUAAUUUUCUAUUGUAGCGAAAGAAUGGGAAAGUGUACGUUCCGAGUAGAGUGGCUGAAAAAGAUCGAUCCUAACGGCUGCCAAGUUUCGGAUUGGGCACGCAAUCACGGCGACACGGAGGUCUUCUGUAAGGUAUGUUCCAAAUCCUUCUCGGUGGCGAAAGGAUUUCAAGCCCUGGAGCAGCAUUCAUUGACGGACAAACACAAGGACAACUGGACAGGACGGCAAGGGCCGUCGCAAUUACGAUUGUGUUCCGAGAAGGACGUUAAAACGAACCAACCUCAGUUGUCAGGUAUCGGCACCGGUCCAAAAGUUCAGCUCUUCAGCCCACGUGAUUCAUCCGCUAAAGCUGAGCUUAUUUGGCUGCUCAAAUGCAUCGCUUCCGAUUUUCCGGCCGCAUCUUGCGACGGUAUAGCCGACAUAUUUGCAGCGAUGUUCCCAAAUAUCGAUGUCUCCGGAUUUUCGUUGAGUAGAACCAAGGCCCGAUAUCUUGCGACCGAAGCUUUGGCUCCAUAUUUUCGGGAAUCGUUGCUCAAUGACGCGAGGAAUUCAAUGUUUACCCUGUGCUACGAUGAGACCACCAACUCGGCUGGUAAGAAAGAGCUCCAGACAGCUGUUCGAUACUGGUCAUCGUCUAAAUCGAUGGUCAAGGUGAUGCAUCUUCAAACGUUUUUUAUUGGCUCGGCCAAAGCGGAGGAUAUCCUCGAAAAGUUGCUUGAAGCAAUGCAAAAUGCUUCCCUCCCACUGAAGAACUUGAUUAUGCUAGGGAGCGAUGGUCCCAACGUCAACAAAAAGGUGGAACGUCUAAUGAACGAGCGAAUAAUGCAGGAGCGUGGGAAAUCUCUUUUAUUGAUUGGAAGUUGCAACAUCCACAUUCUUCAUAACGCUUUCCUCAAAGGAAUCGAGGAGCUUGGUGAGGAUGCGUCGGAGCUGGUUUAUUCUGUGCACCAUUUUUUUCACGGAUGGCCUUCGAGAGAAGAAGAUAUGGAGAAAAUUCAAAUCAAUCUGGGACUCCCAACCAAACGAUUCAUAAAACAUGUUUCGUCCAGGUGGUUGACUCUGGAAGGAGCGGCAGAACGGCUUCUUGAACAAUGGACUGCUCUCAUCGAAUAUUUUUUGAACUUUAUUCCGAAGAAGCAUUCUGCUUUAUCGAAAAGCUCAGGGUAUUUGAAGAUUUACAGGCUUCUUACCAAAAAGACCAUGAAAGCCGAGGUGUUAUUUGUAUCAUCCAGUGCGCACAUCUUUACGAAGUUCACAGGUUUCUUUCAGAAAGAAGAGCCUCUGGUCCAUAUCAUGUACACCGAAAUCGAUAAACUGGCGCGAACUCUUAUCGGCAGGGUUUGUAAACCGGAUGCAUGCUCUCCAAACACGACGCCCACCGAAGAUAUUUUCGAUAAACUGGAAAAUCUUUUGCCUGUUGAGCAGAUUAUUGUAGGAUCCGAUGUAACUGCAGAAUUAUCGACAGUUAAGGAGGUAGAUAGAGGGAACUUUUUCUCAGAGCACGAAAGCACUAUAUUGCUGCUUGCAAGCAUGUAAUUCAAAAAUCCGGCUUGAGAAUUGAAUUCCUGAAAAGCUGUCAAUGCCUACAACCUCCCUUGCGCAAAUCACCAGCUAGUUCGGGUGAUAUCGCGCAGAUAGCAAAGAAGCUUCCUCUUGACGUGAAAACGGAUGUACUGAUUGACGAGUGGAAUUUAUUGCGACAUGAAAAGGACGAACUCGGAAGUGAGAGCGGUCGAAUUGAUUUUUAUUGGCAUCAGUUUCAUGCGAAAAAAAAUUCACGAGGAGAAGAAAUGUAUCCUUCAGUGAAUAAGGUCACGAAAGCGGCACUGGCGGUGUCACAUGGGAACUCUGAUGUCGAACGCGGAUUCUCUUCGUCAUCCAGAAUUCUGACGGAUGACAAAACGUCAAUGAGCGAACGCACACUCGAUGCUCUUAUGACUAUCAAAAGUUAUUUGAAGCUAUACGGAAAUAAAGUACACCAGAUCCCUAUCACCAAAGAACUUCUCUCACUUGCCUACAAGGCCUACCAAAGUUACAAGGCAUAUCUGGAAGAAGAAAAGAGGAAGAAAGAAAUAGAAAGUGCUCGUAAACAGAAGGAAGCAGAGAAGAUUGCCGAUGCAGAGAAAAGCAAGAAGGAAUUGAAAGGAUUGAAAUCUAAAAUCUGUCAAGAAGAGGACGAUCUGAAAGCAAAGCGAAAGGAAGAGGAAAAUAAGCAACGAACUGCAGAUAAGUAUGUUUUUCAUGCCAUGCUAUUUGAACAACUUUUGCUAUCAUUAACAAUUCGAUAUCUUUAGGUUAUUCAAUGAAGCCAACUCGAGACUUAAGAAAGCCAUUGAAGCGAAGAAUAUGCAAGAGGUAGAACUUGCGCAAGUUAUGUUGGAAGGAGUAUCCACGAUUCGGAAAGAGCAAGCAUCUCAAAAACGAACGGCGGAUUCAUUACAGAAAAGUCUGGACAAGAAAAAAGAAAGUUUGAUUACAACCUUUUUUUUCCAAAAAACCAAAAAAAAAAAUGAAACAUAAAAAGAAAUGCACUCGCGGAAGCGAAACAGUCGCUAUGAAAUCGUAAGUUGUAAGUCAUAAGUUUGAUUUAUAAGUACGUUUAAUGUUCGAUAAAUAAACAUUGUUAGUUGUAUAAUCACUAUAACCGUCAUCUAUCACUAAGGUGUUGUUGAAUAAUUGUGAACCACUAUUUGGUUCCAUUUUGAGCUAAUUUUUAGUCACUAUUUGGUCACUUUUUUCGCUGCUAUAAGUCACUAUUUGGUCACUAUUUUCAUCUUCUUAGUCACUAAAGUCACUAUUUUGAAUGUCAAUGAGCACUACCAGCCCUGUCUCUGGGGAGGGU